GAAUACUACCAUUCCGAUCGCAAUUGAAGUUUCAUUGCAUCAUCAUUGUUCAAUGUCCGGAUAGUUCGUCCGGUUCAGAUGUCGUCGCAAGUAUAUUUAAGAUGGGAUUCAAUUCCAUUCUCUCAUUCACUUCAUUGUUCAUCGCACCUUCUUCAUCCACCAAGAUCCCAGUGCUCUCAAUUCCCAAGCCUCAUCUCAACCUUCGAUUUUUAAACAAAAACACCCCGGCAGCCUCUCUUCAUCCCAAUCCACCAUGGCAGGAGAUCUCAUUCUCAUCACUGGUGUCUCGGGUUACAUCGGAUUUAAGACUCUCAUUCUCGCACUCGAAGCGGGAUUUCAAGUACGAGCUGUCAUCCGCAAAGCUGAACAGGCGAAGAAACUCGAGUCCCACAUACGCGUCGCACCUUAUGUGGCCCAGCUCCAAUGGUCCAUUAUCCCCGACCUCUCGGACACCAAUUCCUUCGAUUCUCACUUAAAGGGAGUGGUGGGUAUCCUCCAUUUGGCCUCGCCACUGGCAAACGAGACCGAUGACUACGACCGUGACAUCAUCGCCCCUGCCAUCAAAGUCACCCUCGCGGUGCUCAGCGCCGCUCAGCGCACACCCUCAAUAAAACGGGUAGUCAUCACCUCCUCAGCCGUCACCCUUGUCCCCUUCACCUGGAUGUUUGGUCCUGCCCCUCCCACCCCUGACCUCACGCUCUUCACAUCCGCCGACAUCGACUCUAAGCCAGCCAAACCGUAUUCCUCAGCUAUGGAAGCUUAUUUCGCCUCAAAAACGCUCUCACGCAUUACCACAAAACAAUUCAUGGAGAAGGAGAGGCCAAAUUUCGAGUUCGUAAAUCUCCUGCCGACAGUGGUUUUCGGGCCGGACGAACUGGCUACGAAUGUGACCGAGCUGAUGACGAGCUCCCGCGCUAUGGUGCUGGGGAUGCUCAUGGAUAUGACAAUGCCUGAGAUGAUCGGGGCGUCGGUGCAUGUCGAUGACGUCGCGAAGGCUCAUAUCGAUGGCUUGAAACCGUCUGUUCCUGGAAAUAAAGACUACAUCCUGAGCUCAGAUGCUCCGGAGGGAAUCUGCUGGGACGAUGCGAAGAGAGUUGUUCAGAAGAACUUUCCCGGGGCUGUAGAGAAAGGAGUUUUGAAGUUAGAGGGAAGAAUGAGGACGAGAACUUGGAGGUUGGAUACAAGAGAGACUCGGGAGGCGUUUGGCUGGGGACACGUCUCAUUUGAAGAGACAGUGAAAGAGCUAGUCAGGCAGUACUUGGGGUUUAUCGAGGCGGAGAAGAAGUAAUGAUGUUCACUUUUCUUAUAUUUGUCCCUCCUAGAGCGUUUCAUCCAACCAACACUGUUUCCUUCAUUCGUCUCGUCUCGUCCUGGGUUGAGAAGCCCUUCCAAGUAUUCCGAUCCACUCAAGCGGAAUCAGCUUAUC